AUGUUUGUCUGGUUUGGUUCUUCAACAGCACGUUUCCAUAUAGUUGACCUUGAGAGAAAAUCCGAUGAAUUUAAAGAUAUUAUGGUCAAUAUUCAACAUUCAACAUUUAAUCUAGUCCAAAAUGAUACCAUUCUUCAAUUUGGAUCACAAGCUAGUUUAACCUGUCAGGUGAAUAUUGGAUUAUUUUCUUCUGUUAGUCAAUCGGUCAUAUCCUAUGGCUGUUACAAGUGGAUUCAAUAUGUUCGUGGAUAUUCAUUUGCAUUUUCAGAGGAGAAUAAUUGCACUCGUAUCACAUUACAUAGUCAUGCAUUGACAGUAAUUCUGGAAAGGAGUGAAAUUCCCUAUCCAUCAGAUACUUUCCAAUAUAAUUUUCUGUAUCAUGAUGAUUCGAAUUGGUUUUCCACAAAUCCAGAUCCAAGCACUGAAUUAUUUGUCAAGUUUAGAAAUGCAACUCAAAUUGAACCAACCACUAACAGAUAUGAUAUUCUCACAGCCAACUAUGAAAUGAUUAUUCAGAAAACUUCACGUGAUGAAUGCAAAGGAGCUGCUGCUCAAAUCAAAGGUCAACUGGAAAUCUUUACAAAAUUCUCAGUAAUGAGCUACAAGAUGGAAAGUUGCAUCGAAGGAAGUCAAAACUCCAAAUGCAAACUCUGCCAAAACAGCCAUUACAUCCACUCACUCUACGGAGAUUUAAACAUCAUGAUGAAUGGCACAACCUUCUCCGUACAGGACUAUCCCACCUUUAGGAGGGGAAUUUCUCCACAUCCAUUCCAUCCAAUUGUUGGAAAAUCCUCUCAGAAUCAUCCUCCCAGAGGUCUAUCAUCACUUUUGGAGGAGGAGGAAAAUCUGGCCAUCAUUAUAUGUGCUACCAUUGGUGGGGUGUUGAUGGUUUUGGCAACUUCGAUUGCUGUGGUGGGAAUUAUUUAUGUGAGCAGAAGAAGAAGUGAGAUGAGAAGACCUGCCUACGUCCCACUCAAGUAA